AAAAGAGAGGUCCAAGGUCACAUUUUGGAGCCAUGGAGGUCAAAAUACGCUAUGGAACAAGGAAUCUACCAUGAGUCUACUCAAAAGAAACUAAGACUCAACUAAGCUUGUAUAGCCACUCAAAAUGCUUUUUCAUUAUGCUAUGAAUUUUAGAAACAGUAUGUGGACACUGAAACGACCAUAAGACCAUAAGAAAAGUGGAUUUAUCAGAGAAAGAAUCAAGUUUUGACUGAGGAGAGUUUCUAAUUGUCUGGUGUAUCUAUCAAACAUCAGAAUGAUGCCAUUGGACAUUUCGCUAAAGAUCGAGGCUUUCCCUCUUUGUUCGCUCCAACAUGGAUGUCGGAGUGACCCCGAGACGGCACAACCCAGUGGACAGCAUCUGCCGCAAGCUGCAGACCAUCCAGCGGCGAGAUCAAGAGGUUAACUCGCUCUUUCAGAUCCCAAAAUUCCAGUCCAGCAGCUACGACAGCCCUCGCUCGGGUCUGCACGUCAACCUGGAGGCCAUCCUGAAGAAGCGUACCGUCCGAACUGACGGAGGCUCUGACCGCAAUUCCUCUGAGAGCAUGUUCACCCCCACAGCUUCCCCGGGACCGGGGUCUGUCCCCAACACCCCUCGUGCUCCAAUCACACCUGGCAAUGCCACCUAUACCACCACCAGCAUGCUGGGCAUGUUAGGGGAGAGGAGAAAUACAACAACGUACAGUCGGCCGUUUCGGCGUAACUGCUCCACCCCAGCAGCCCAGACUGGGGACAAUUACUUUAACUUUACCCCACGCUACUCCACACAAAACCUGCUGGAGGGGCCUGACACAGAGGUGAAGACCUCAAAGAUCCCAGCUCCUGGCUUGUUUUCGUAUAACCUGAACUUCUCCUCAGAUAUUUCUAACAUGGACACUGAACUCGCCUACCCGGCUCUCGUGGUCAAGAGACUUUCACUGGGCGAGGGAUCUCUGUUUCCCUCCGAGCCCAAGAAGGAGAACAUGGCUGAGGUCAGUCUGAUUUGUGAGGAAGACCUGUUGGACACUAUUUUUCAGGCCUGUGACACACAGUGCAGAGGUAAAGUUUAUGUAUCGCACAUUGUGGACUUCUUGAGACACACCACUUGCCGCAGUUCAGAGGACAGCGGCCUAGAGGAGCUCUGCAAUAUGCUGGACCCAGAGCACAAGGACAUCUCCAUAGACCUGGACACGUACCAUGCCAUCAUGAAGGAGUGGAUCGAUGAUUGCCGCAACCAGGGGAAGGACUCAAAGAAUGACACCCAACAGGAAUCAUUCAAACUACGGGACAGUUUAUUGGCAAGAAGAUCCGCUCUACUAAAUAUGACCUCAGGUAGUCUUGAAGCAUUCGGAGGGGAAGCCUCCAGAGCUGACCUGGAGACAUCAGAUCUGGUCUUCUGUGUGGCAGAUCUGCAGCUAAAUAACCUAAAGCUGCAGGAGGAAGUUCGUAAACUGAAGCAGGCAGUGGAAAACAUGGAAGACACCAACCAGAAACUCAUCGAGGAAAAUGAAGAGCUCAAAGCACAAGCUAAAAUGGGGCAGCAGUUAUUACAGAAGGAGAAGAUGCUUAAAGAGGAAGUUGAGGAGAUGAAGCUGAGCCUGACCUCUUCAGAAGAGGGUCGAGCUCAGGCCUCAGCUCAAAGAAAGCAGAUGGAACGGGAAAACCAGAGUCUUGUAUCCAAAAUUGCUGCACUACAAGAGGAGAACAUGAAAGUCACACUGGAGGCAGAAGAGCUUCAGAAAAAGAUCAGUGACCUCCGUGACCUUAAUGCUGACCUUCAGGUCCAAGUUCAUUCAUUUGAUGCCAUUCUGGCUGACAAGGAGUCGAUAAUUCAGGAGAAAAAUAAACAGAUAGAUGAACUGAAGGUGGCCAUUGUGGAGUAUUCCUCAGUUACAGAGCUGUUGAGAGCGGACAAGAACAAACUGGAGAGUCAAAUGCAGAUGAUGCAGCCUGAUAUGACAAUACCAGGUCUCUCUCUUUCUGUGGCCUACAGACUAAAUCAGAUGAGUUCAGGCUCUCUUCAGACAGAGUUGGCACUGGCACAGAAUCCCCUGGAGGGUUUGGAGCAUCUGUCCUCCUCUGUUUGUUUUGCAUCUUCUCUGGAUGUGACUCUAGAUCGUGAAGUUCUUCUGCUCCUCCAAGGCCCGACUCCAGAGCAGCUGUCUCUAGAGUAUAAAACUCUGAUCAGCAGACUGAAAAGGGAGUUUAAGGAAGACUGCAUGACCUGUCUCACAGCAUUCAGAGGCCUUACAGAGCACAUUGAAACUAAGGAGGUCAACACUGACCUCAAGAUACAGGGCCUGGAGGUGCAUCUCGAGCAGAGGAGGAGUGACUGGACCCGCAGUCUGGAGCAGUUGGACCAGUACACAGACUCUUUGGAGAGGGAGCUUCUAAAGAUGGCUAGCAACAUGCGACGUUCUCGUACUGAGAUCUUGCAGCUGUCUGUCAAGGUACAAGAGCAGGAGAAUCAGAAGGAGCAGUUGCAAGAGGAACUUGACCGACUAAAGGCUCCGCUGGACAACAGAGAGGCCAGCAGCCAAACACCGGAUCACCUACAGCAGGUUGUGGAAGAGCUGGAUGGCCCCUCUCUUGAAUGGGAUGAGGAAUAUGUGUUGUCUGAGUCUCCACCUUUACAAGAGCUCGGGCCUGACCAGGAGAUGCUUCAGGAGCUCUGUUGUGAUGAAGAAGAACUACAGGCCCUGAAACAGGAGGAAGAGGGGGAGGUGGAACACACAGAGACUGUGGAGGGCAAGGAGAAGAUAACGGAAAGGGCUGAGGGAGAAGAAACUCUGUUUGUGGGUGAGAGAGGAACGCAGAGGCCUUUUACAUCUCUGAAGGAGGAAGACAGACUCCCAGAGUGCACUGGGCCUGAGGACGCCCACGAGCAGGCUGCUCCUCUGCCUCACACCCACAGUCAGUGUGCUGAUGAUACAUCUGUGAGCUCCGAGACGCCCCAUGAACAGGUGACCUCAGUCAAAGACCUUAUUUCAUCUACUGAACCUUCCUCCCUUGUGACCUCCGAGAUGGUAUCUCCCUCAUCGGGCCAGCCUGAAGUUGGUGAUUCUAAUACAGGAAGGACCCAGCAGCCCAUUGCCACAAACAGAGGAUCUGAGGGAGAGCGUGCGGCCGCCACAGCCGACAUGAGUGACUCGCAGAGACUGAGUGAGGGACAGCUUUCUAAAGUGUCUGCAAAAUCGGACAAGAGUCUCUUGCUGCCAGUAGCAGAGGAAGAGGAGGCCAUGCUAGAGGCGGCGGAGGUGAUAUCAACUGGCGUGAACUCACCAGACAAAGACAAAUCAGACAGCAAAAGGACAGUGGUCACAUCUGAUUCAAACUCAGCAGCCUCAGCUGACUCAUUGAAGGAUCCUUCUGAAAAAGCGAAGGACAUGACCUUUGACCCCACAGUCAGUGAGGGUAAUCUUCCAACAAUCUCUGCUGUGCAAGGCUCCAAGAAGGACCCUCUGACUCUGAGGAACAAGCUCAAGAAGGAAAUGAGCAGUAUGGAAGCCAUUGAGAAGCAAAAAGCUCAGGAGGAUGGCGAGCCUUCAGUGGCCACAGAAAAAGAAGGUGACACAUCUGUCAUCUCUGAAAAUGCCAGCGAUUCCACCAAAGAUGACAAGAACAGCCUGUCACCAAGUGACAAAGAGAUAGAGGCGGAGUUCCACCGGCUCUCUCUGGGAUUCAAAUGUGACGUGUUCACCCUGGAGAAGAGGCUACACCUGGAGGAGCGUUCACGAGAUCUGGCUGAGGAGAAUGUCCGGAAGGAAGUGAACAGUUGUAAAGGUCUGCUGCAGGCCCUGAUUCCACGGUGUGAGGAAGAUAACCAGUCCAUGGAGAUGAUCCAUCGUCUGCAGAAGAACCUGGAAGUCCUCAUCCAAUCCAUGACCAGAGUGUCCAGCCGUUCAGAGAUGCUCGGGGCCAUUCAUCAGGAGACCAGAGUGGGUAAAACGGUGGAGGUGAUGAUUCAACAUGUGGAGAACUUGAGGAGGAUGUACACCAAAGAGCACGCAGAGCUGUUGGAGCUCAGGGAGAACCUCACGCCGAAUGAGAGGUCUUUUGGGUCCCACACUGAGAGGGAUGAUUUGAGAAACAAGAAGCAGUCAACCGCAAACAUUUUCAAAACCACUAGCCGACGCAUCAGUAUAGCUACCAUUCCCCGCAGCAGUGGAGGACAGACCCAUUUUGACAUGCCCAAAGACAUGGCAGAAACUGAGGUAGAGAGACUCUCCCGCCGAUCACCAUGGAACAUGGCAGCCAAGAGGCCACCACUAAAGCGCUUCAUUAGCUCUGGUACUUGGGCCGACAUAGAUGAGCCCACUCUGAUGAAUAGUCCCAGCCCCAGCCCAACAGAUCACGCUCCACCCAGUCUGAUGGAGGGGAGGCCUGCAGUGUCCAGAGGCACCAGGGGUAUCUGGAUUUGGGUGGCCUUGCUUGUAGUUCUAGCUGUUCUACUGGCUUUGUUGGCCAGCCUGAUGUUACAGCCUGCAGUAGAUGCAGCACCUGUGGGCACCGGAGACUCCUGGAUGACCAUCCAGCAGCUUCUGUGGCCCUAUACUGGGCUGAGGCACAACGGCCAGCCCCCUGUGUGACACCAGGGGGUUCGGCAAGGCUGCAGUGGCUGGUCCUGACAUUCAGAAAAAACUCCGGCUACAAGAACUGUAAUGCAACACUG